ACAGUUUCAAUAUGUCAAAAUGUGUUUAUUAUCAUGGAUCUUUGAAAUGAGUAGGAAAUUUAAGUAAACAUCAAUUUUAGAAGUAGGAAAUAUUUUUAUUUUAAAGUAAAUUUGAUAAUUUUGUGGCUCUAGCUUAUAAGCUGUCAAGGUACACUUGAAUUAAAUCAAAAUGAUGAACCAAUGGACUAGAAUAUUGACCACCCAAUCUUAUUAUUCGAGGCGGUUUUUCUCAAAAACCCUGAACUAUUACAAAUCAUUUGUAAUAAAAGAUCAUUAUGAUUUUGAUCGUAAGGUAAUAAACAGUGACAACCCAGUUAUAGUUAAUUUUCAUGCGGAAUGGUGUGACCCUUGUAAGAUACUCACUCCAAAAAUGACAGAGCUCCUUGAAAAUUCCGAUGAAAUCGAUCUGGCAGUAAUAGAUGUAGAAUCAAACACGGAUCUGGUUGAAACUUUUGAGGUAAAGGCUGUUCCUGCGGUGUUGGCUUUUCGUAACGGAGUAGUCGUGGACAAGUUUAUUGGUCUAGUUGACGCGAAUAUUAUAGAGACACUUAUACAAAAACUUAAACCAACAAAAAAAGAAAAAUGAUCUUAAAAUAUUGUAUCUAAAUGCUGUGUAAAAAUAUUGUAAUUAUAGUUCCCAAACACUUUGUCCAAUUAAAAAAAAACUAACAAAUUGUAAUACCUUCAUCUACUAACCCGAAUAUCAACUCCGAAUCACUAGGUUCGGUGAAGAAAUAUAAUUUAAAUUUAAUUUGAAAGAAAUAACUAAAAA